AUGGGCUGCAACAUGUGUGUGGUGAACAGGCCGGAGGAACAGUAUAGGAUUAUGUUUCAGAAGGGAAAUACUAUGCGUCCAAUUCAUGCAGAAGUAAAGCUGAAAGGCAGAAGAACAUCUCAUUUGUCCCAGGAUAAGGAUGGGCAGCCUCGUGAUCCUUUGCUUCUUCAGGUGGUACAUAAGGGUCACAGGAGGAGAUUGGGUGCUGUUGCUGGCACGGCCCGGCUCAUGGCUAUCACAGACUGCAUGGACAGUGCAUCCCAGACCGACAUCAGCUUCCAGAACAUUCUGAGUGGGGACAUAGGGACUUACCCAAACAGUGGAUCACCCAUGCCACCACCCUCACCUCCACUCACCCAGCUGGUGGAGCCAUACCUGCUCAAUGACCUUUGUUCUCUAGGGCAGGAAUAUGGAGAUCCAAAUGACUACUUCAGUGCCACUAACCAUGAGGUAGAUCAACAAGAAGAGUUGGAAUAUGAGGAAGUGGAGCUGUAUAAGUCGAGUCAGCAGGCUAAACUGGGUCUAACAGUCUGUUACCGCACGGACGAUGAGGAGGACCAUGGCAUCUACAUCGGGGAGGUAAAUCCACACAGUAUAGCAGCAAAAGAUGGAAGAAUCAGAAAGGGUGACAGAAUAUUGCAGAUAAAUGGUAUGGAGGUUCAGAACAGAGAGGAAGCCGUGGCCAUUCUGACCCAAGAGGACAGCACCAACUUCUCAUUACUGCUGGCCAGACCAGAGAUAGAGUCAGACACUCAUUUGGAUCCAGAGGAACUCGAUUGUGAAUUACCUGCAGAAAUGAGCACAGAAAGCCUUAAUACCUCCCCCCUGUCUGGCCUUUACCAUUUGAGCCAACAGAGAACCCAAGCGAGCAUUCCUGAGGAAGCCUCACAUCGGGAGACUCCCAUGCUCAGCCUAGCCACCCUCAGCAACAGUCAGGAGCUUGACAGUGGUGUGGGCCGCACUGACGAGAGCACAAAGAACGAAGAGUCGUCCGAGCAUGAUAUUCUUCUGGGUGAAGAGCAGACCAGCACCUCCAACACAAACGCCACCAACACGCCCGGCAGCUUGCGCAAGUUCAGGCCAGGCCGGAAAGGGGGAAGUGACACUCCUUCCCCGCUGUUUCCUUUCAGAGAGCUGUACCUCAGCACCGACUCACUGGAUUGUGGAAGUGUUGUUGGAGGUUACCUUCACGACCCUGUCAGCGGGAUGAUGAUGCCUGGCCUGACAGAGGAGGAAUGCAAGAGGUACAAGCAACUUCUAGAAAUCAAGUCUCGCUACGAGAAGAGGAUGAAGAGUGUGAAGAAUGUGCAACAGAACGAAGGAGGAACACAAGAGGAAGAUGAGGUUGUAGAGGAGAAGGCUCUUGAUGAAAACAGUAAUGAGAACCUCAUGAUGCCAAAUCCACACGAAAUGGCGCUUUUGGAAGAGGAAAUGAGGCACCUUGAGUUUAAGUGUCGCAAUAUUCUGCGGGCACAGAAGAUGCAGCAGUUAAGAGAGCGCUGUUUGAAAGCCUGGCUAAUGGAGGAAGAAACAUCUGGACGAGUAUCCGCUGAACCACAGGGAUCUCCGCAGCAUGAGUUGUCUGACAUCAAUGAACUGCCUGAGAAGGAACGAUCAGACAAGGACAGCACUAGCGCUUACAACACUGGGGGAGAGAGCUGCAAGAGCACACCAAUGGUAAGUGAACAUCGACUUCCUGUUUCUCAAAUGAACGAGUCAACAAGCCCUCUACCUAGUAGACACAGGGACCAACCAAACUGGAGUGAAAGAAGACGAGCAAGCCUCAACAAUUCUUAUUCACCUACAAGCUACAAGAAGUUUCACACAAACACUGCUAUAAACCAGAAUUUCCACUCACUUUCAAAAGAUGGCUCUGUCCGACGCUUACAAGAGGGCAUGACGCAAGUCUGCAAUUCAAGGGCAAGUAAUCAUGACAGAAAUGGUGGUCAUAGUGCAGAGUCCAGUCCUUACUUCACCCGACGCAGAAAUUCCAAUUGCCUCACUCCAGAACGGCACCGGAGUUGCAUGCAUCUGGGAUCCUCGCUUUCCGAAAGCUCUGGACCCCUGGAUAGAGCUGUGGAGGGAGAAAGUGAGGCCCCAAUUGGUGGUAGUGAUCAUGAGGGCCCCAUGAUCCUGCCUCAUCCAAUUCCAGUGAAGUUCUCUCUGGCCUUACCUCUGCUACUUCCUCCUGCCUCACCACACAUGGAAUGGAAAGUGAAGAUCAGGAGCGAUGGGACCCGCUACGUGGCCAAACGUCCAGUCCGAGAUCGACUCUUAAAGGCUCGCGCAAUGAAGAUCCGAGAAGAACGUAGUGGAAUGACUACCGAUGAUGAUGCCAUGAGUGAAAUGAAGAUGGGACGCUACUGGAGCAAAGAAGAGCGGAAGCAACAGCUGCUGAGGGCUCGUGAGCAGCGAAGACGCAGAGAGUUUAUGAUGCAGAGCCGCAUAGAGUAUCUGCGAGAUCGGGGGCUGGAUGCAGGGAGGGAUAGCCAGUCGGAGACAGGCCAGACACCAGCCUCCAUUCUGGAGAUCAGCCAUAAAAAAAGCUCAAAGAAACGCAACCGACGCAUACUGGACAACUGGAUCACCAUCCAAGAGCUACUAUCCCAUGGCUCUCGCUCUCCAGAUGGGACGAAGGUGUACAAUCCUUUAUUGUCUGUUACCACAGUCUGAGAGGAAAGAAUGGAUCAAUUAUCAACUUAAAGGAAUAGAUCACCCCAAAAUUACAUUUGGUUUUUGGUAACACACCUCAUGUUGUUUCAAAUCUGUAUGAAUUGUUCAUGGAACACAAAGAAGAUGCAGAAUUUUCCUGUGAAUUUUUCUUGAAUAGUUAACAACUUUGUCAUCUUGACA